CACCAGGUAACAAGCAGGAAAAUCAGAGGUAUAUGGAGCAAUAUUUUCUGUCAAUGAAGAAAACAAAGUGUGAAGCAGGAAAAGAAAAAACAAGACACCCAGUAGGAGGAACAAGGGAGAAAAGAAGCUAGCCAAGGACAGGGGGAAUUGCAUCUUCAGCUUCUCAGGUCCCGGAUGUCUUUAAACCCCUGACCAUCUUUAAAAAGAGCUUCCAAGGGGGAAAAAGGAGGAAGUGGUCCAUCAGCAUUGAAAUACAUUCAAAAGGGCUUCAUAUUUGAAUAAACAUAGAGUUCAGCUAUGAGAAAAAUUUAAUCUAUGUAUGGAGCAUACAGAGAGCAUAGCUGUGAAUUGCGAUAGUAUUUCACGUGGAAGGUCCAUUAUGGAGGGGGAAAAGUAUACAUGCAUGCAGUGUGGAGAGAGCUUCAUCCAAAACACUGAACUUAGUUCACAUCAAAAAAUUCACACAGGAAAGAAACCACAUGAAUGCAUGGAAUGUGGGAAGAGCUUCAGUAAAAGCAAUCACCUAAGUGUGCAUCAAAGAAUCCACACAGGAGAGAAACCAUACGAAUGUAUGGAAUGUGGGAAGAGCUUCAGUAAAAACAGUAGUCUUAAUUCGCAUCAAAGAACUCACACAGGGGAGAGACCUUAUGAAUGCCUGGAAUGUGGAAAGAGCUUCAGUCAUAGUAGUAGUCUUAAUUCGCAUCAAAGAACUCACACAGGGGAGAGACCUUAUGAAUGCAUGGAAUGUGGAAAGAGCUUCAGUCAGUACAGUAGUCUUAAUUUACAUCAAAGAACUCACACAGGAGAGAGACCAUAUGAAUGCAUAGAAUGUGGAAAGAGCUUCAGUCAUUGCAGUAGUCUUAAUUUACAUCAAAGAACUCACACAGGAGAGAGACCAUAUGAAUGCAUAGAAUGUGGAAAGAGCUUCAGUCAAAGCAGUAGCUUUAGCUCCCAUCAACACACUCACACUGGGGAGAAACCAUAUAAAUGCAUGGAAUGUGGGAAGAGCUUCAGAAAGAGCAGUCACCUGAAUUCACAUGAAAGAAUUCACACUGGGGAUAAACCAUAUCAAUGCAUGGAAUGUGGGAAGAGCUUCAUUCAAAGCAGUCACCUGAAUUCACAUCAAAGAACUCACACAGGGGAGAAACCGUAUGAUUGUAUGGAAUGUGGAAAGAGCUUCAGAACCAGUAGUCACCUGAAUUCACAUCAAAUAACUCACACAGAGGAGAAACCAUAUGAAUGCAUGGAAUGUGGAAAGAGCUUCAGAAAGAGCAGUCACCUGAAUUCACAUGAAAGAAUUCACACUGGGGAUAAACCAUAUCAAUGCAUGGAAUGUGGGAAGAGCUUCAGAAAGAGCAGUCACCUGAAUUCACAUGAAAGAAUUCACACUGGGGAUAAACCAUAUCAAUGCAUGGAAUGUGGGAAGAGCUUCAGAAAGAGCAGUCACCUGAAUUCACAUGAAAGAAUUCACACUGGGGAUAAACCAUAUCAAUGCAUGGAAUGUGGGAAGAGCUUCAGAAAGAGCAGUCACCUGAAUUCACAUGAAAGAAUUCACACUGGGGAUAAACCAUAUCAAUGCAUGGAAUGUGGGAAGAGCUUCAGAAAGAGCAGUCACCUGAAUUCACAUGAAAGAAUUCACACUGGGGAUAAACCAUAUCAAUGCAUGGAAUGUGGGAAGAGCUUCAGAAAGAGCAGUCACCUGAAUUCACAUGAAAGAAUUCACACUGGGGAUAAACCAUAUCAAUGCAUGGAAUGUGGGAAGAGCUUCAUUCAAAGCAGUCACCUGAAUUCACAUCAAAGAACUCACACAGGGGAG